AUGUCGGACGACGAAGCCGACCCAGAGCUCCUCGAGCUCCUUCGACAAUCCCUGGGGCUAGGCAAGAAAACAGGCAAUGAACCCCCAGAAACAAAAGUCCUCCAAAACGCUCGAUGGAUAUUCGACAAUUCCAUCGAUGUAGCCCUGGACACCCGCCAGACCAAAGCAGCUGCAGAGACGAUCUGGCAACAAAUCCAGCAGAAGCAGUACUCUACAUCGACCUGGUCUGGGCAUGAACUUCAUCCCAAGGCCAAGAAUGAAAAGACCGUGGAUUUUAUCUUUACCAUGGAUCUGCUCAAUUUCAGUUUCUGGUCGGAGGAAAAGGAUGAAAGUAAGAGGUUUGGGAUUGAGUAUCUUGGCCGGAAGUGGACGGGGUAUUGGAGUUUGGUUGCUGCUCUGCAGAGGGCUUUAGAUGAGGGUAUACCUAUCACAACGCCGGAUUUCUGGUUGAACGAGGAAGAGUUUACAGAGGACUUGUUGAGACACGUCUUUCGCUCGACGUCAGAAGAAGAGAUACCAUUGCUAAAGGAGCGAUUCGACUGUAUGCGAGAAGCAGGCCAAAUACUUGACGAGAAAUUCGACGGAAGCUUCGUCAAUUGCAUCUACGACGCCAAUAAAUCCGCGGCAGCUCUCGUGAACCUCCUAGCAGAUGAAUUUUCUUGUUUCCGUGACGAAGCUUCUUUUGAUGGACGGACAGUUCGCUUUUACAAACGCGCUCAGAUCCUCGUAGCUGAUCUAUGGGCCUGCUUCGAUGGCGAAUCUUAUGGCGAGUUCAAUGACAUUGACAAAAUCACCAUGUUUGCUGACUACCGAAUCCCCCAAAUGCUUCAUCAACUCGGCUGUCUCCUCUAUUCUCCUCCAUUGGAGAGCCACAUCCGCCGUCGAGAACCCAUCAAAUCGGGCUCGAAAUGGGAGAUGGAGCUCCGGGGUACUUCUAUCUGGUGCGUGGAACUGAUCAGACAGGAGAUAGAGCGUACACGUCCUGAAACGAGAAUGGUUUAUUCCACGGGGAAUUCUUCUACAUUCGAAGUUAAUAUCGAUGAUCAACAAGACAAGGAGGUUACAGAAACAACCACCGAGUUACACAAACUACAAGAGCAUGGAGAGAAAGAGAAAACAGAAACCAAGACAGAAUCAAAGUCGAGUACACCACAAGAGAAAACAAUCGGCGUAAACGCCAUCUUGAUUGAUUUCUUCCUAUACGACUCAAUGAAAGAGUUGGAGAGUGAUGGUAAGGAAAGUAUUCCGCAUCAUCGGACGAGAAGUAUCUGGUAUUAGAAAAGAUUACAGAUAUACAUAGAUUUGUACAUGUUAGACGAUUUCUUAUUUCCGUGGUGGUUAUGGUCGAUUGGUUUGGGUUGGUUACUGCUGUUUAUAUUUGUGGCGUUUAUCUUGGGAUUAUGAACAGUACAUAAAUAUACAUAGAUCUUUCACUUGUGAUC